AUGGAAGUGGAGGGAGAUGAUCAUCCUAUGGGGGAUGCCGACAUGACAAACGGGACCAGCCGUGACAACAGUGUUGUGCAGGGAGACGAUGAUGACACAGCAUCCGAAGACGCCGGUUACGAUGACCGUGACCGCCAAGUCUAUUCUGACCCGCAAGAUCUGGCCCUAGAGCAGCUUCGGCGGCGUGGACUUCUCCCAACUGGUUGCUGCUACGAUGAUCGCAUGAAGCUGCAUAUGAAUGCCGAUUUUAGCCCAAACGCUCACCACCCUGAAGACCCUCGGCGCAUUCACGAGAUCUUCAAGGCUUUCAAAAGAGCUGGCCUGAUAUAUGCAGGGCCAGAGGCCGAGCUGCCCAAAAUCAUCAAGGAAUGCCCGACGCGGUACAUGUGGAGGAUUCCUGCCCGUGCCGCCACUCGCCAAGAGAUCUGCCUGGCACACUCCUCGGAACACAUGACCUGGGUUGAAAACCUGGAUAAGCUGAGCACCUCAGAGCUGCGUGAGCUGACCAAAAGAUACGAUCAGGGCCGUGAGUCGCUCUAUGUCGGAAGCAUGUCCUACCCUGCCGCUCUUCUAUCCGCCGGCGGCGCAAUCGAUACAUGUAAGAACGUCGUGGCUGGACAGGUCAAGAACGCUUUUGCCGUCAUCAGGCCCCCGGGACACCACGCCGAAUUCGAUGCCCCAAUGGGAUUCUGCUUUUUCAAUAAUGUACCAGUCGCCGUUCGUGUCUGCCAGCAAGAUUACUCUGAUGUCUGCCGCAAAAUUCUAGUUCUCGACUGGGAUGUUCAUCAUGGAAAUGGCAUACAAAACAUCUUCUACGAGGAUCCCAAUGUGCUCUACAUUUCCAUUCACGUCUAUCAAAAUGGACACUUUUAUCCCGGAAAACCUCCAAACCCGGACACCCCAGACGGAGGCCUCGAGAACUGCGGUGCCGGCCCUGGGUUGGGCAAAAACGUCAACAUUGGCUGGCAUGACCAGGGCAUGGGGGAUGGUGAAUACAUGGCUGCCUUUCAAAAGAUUGUUAUGCCUAUCGCCAAAGAGUUUAAUCCAGAUCUGGUAGUCAUUUCUGCAGGGUUUGAUGCCGCAGACGGGGACGAGUUGGGUGGAUGUUUCGUCACACCCCCGUGCUAUGCACACAUGACACACAUGCUCAUGUCGCUGGCAGACGGCAAAGUGGCCGUGUGCCUCGAGGGCGGAUACAAUCUUUCUGCAAUUUCAAAUUCUGCAGUGGCUGUCGCACGAACCCUCAUGGGGGAGCCGCCGCCCAAAAUGACUAUACCCAAACUAAACAAGGAAGCCGCACGAACGCUGGCCAAGGUCCAGGCUUAUCAGGCUCCAUACUGGGAGUGUAUGCGUCCUGGCAUAGUCGACGUUCCUGCUGUCCAGUCUCUCAACGCCAAUCGUUUGCACGACGUAAUACGGAGUGCACAGCGGCUGGUUUUACAGGAGAAGCACAACAUGAUUCCUCUCUAUGUCCAAAGGGACCAGCUGUACAAGUCUUUUGAGAACCAAGUCCUUGUCACGCCGAACCUCCACAAUUCAAGGAGGAUGCUGAUCAUCAUACAUGACCCCCCUCAAUUGCUGGCACAACCAGAUGCCGUUGAUUCUUCACUGGAGCCACAUAAUGCUUGGGUAGUCGAUGGGGUAACUCAAUAUAUCGACUGGGCUGUCAGCCAAAACUUUGGGAUCAUGGACAUAAAUGUGUCAGCUUACAUUACUAAAGAUGAGGAUACGGACUCGUAUAUCCCAGGAUAUAGGGAACGAGUUCUGCAAGAACAAAUCCAACAAUUGAUGAAUUAUCUCUGGGAUAACUUUAUGCAAUUGUACGACACAGACGAGAUCUUUCUUAUGGGUGUAGGCAACGCCUAUUUGGGCGUCAAGGUGCUUCUAAUCAACAGAGAUUGCAAGUCGAAGCUAUCUGGCGUCGUAAACUUCGUCACCGGAAAUCUGCGUCCCGUCAAGUCCAACAUUGACCCGGAUCUCUCACUAUGGUACAAGGAGAAUUCUAGGGUCUAUGUUGCCGGAGACCACGCAUGCUGGUCAGAUCAUGACUUGACCAAGAAGGUAAAAAAGCGCAGAUUCGGCACAGUUGUUCGCAGUCCCAAACUCGGGCUCAAUAAGAUGAUGCAGGAGCACGCAGACGAAGUGCAAGAGUGGAUACUCUCACGAGUUUCGGCUACAAGUCGAGGCGAUACGACAGAGGAAGAGGGCGAAUUUGAUGGGAAUGGGAUUCGUGGUGUGGGGCAAGGUUGA